AUGUAUGAUUACUUAGUUUUUAGGUACCAUGGAUGCAUGCAGUUCUCUGUCAAGGUUUUCACUAUGUCCGGGGGGAUUCCACAGAAAGAAUGUUUGGCUCCUGUUCGUGCUUCUCCGUUAUCGGAAGAAAGAGAUGAAUCAGAUGAAGACGAUGAGGAUGUUGCCCCUGCAAAUGGAAUAGUACGUAGAUUUGCAUACAGGCCCGGUUCUCGUUUCUUCAGUGUUACUGUGCAGCCAUCUUAUCUGAAGUGCAAUUAUCUGCCAAUACCAUGGGGUGUCAGAAGAGAGCACUUCCACGAUGGCUUGAAAAAAGUUAAAAUUGUAAAUUCCGAUGCUUCUGAUACUCGAGCAUGGAGGAUUAAAAUUCUCCGCUUACAGAAAGACAUGAGGUUAAGUAGAGGUGUUGCUGACUUUGCAAACAAGAAAAAUGGUCUGAACUUGAAGGUAGGAGAUGUAUGCCAUUUUAAAAUCGUUAAGAAGAGAUCACACGAGCUCGUGUUACAGGUUCAGGUUUUCCGCGAUUGAUGUAGGAGUAUGUAUUUGCUUCCUUAAGGCGCCCUGGUUGUUGUUAUCAGUACUUUAUUUAUGUAGUAUUGAAAAAAACUGCUAGUUGUAAUCUCUUAAUUACGUAUACUUUGCUUCUUUAUGAGGCUUCAAACUGCUUU